AUGGCCGCCUCCACUACCCAUGCUGGUUUUCUAUUCCUGUGGUUACUAUUUGCAUCCACCUUCCACUUAGGCUCUUGUUCACUGAAACCCCAUUGCUGUGAAAUGGAGAAGCAUGCACUCUUAAUCUUCAAGAAAAGUGUCAUUGAUCCAACAUUCUCCCUCUUUUCUUGGUCUGUCCAGAAAGAUUGCCGUGAGUGGGUUGGUGUUCAGUGUGACAACAUCAUAGGUGGUGUCAUUAGUCUUGAUUUGGGUUUUACUGGAUUUGAGUGGAAAUUACUUCCAAGCUAUGAAUUUAUGCGCUUCGAGUGUGUAUCACAACUUGUCAAAAACUAUGUCUCCUCAUUCAUGUGGAAAUUUCUCCAACCUCAGUAUCUUGACUUGUCAUAUAAUGUAAACCUUCAUAUAAAUGACAUUCAAUGGAUCUCUCAUUUUCCAUCUUUGAAAAGUCUUCAUCUUAAUGGCAUUAAUAUGCAUAAGGAAAUCCAUUGGAUUCAGCGUAUCAGCUGGCCACCUUAUCUAUCAGAGUUGGUUUUGAGAAGUUGUCAGCUUGCUGAUAUAAUUCCUAGUGUUGGAUGGUUUGUCAAUUUUUCUUCCCUUCAGUCACUUGACCUUUCAGAAAACCAUUUUGAUUUUGAAGUUUCUAAGCUGGUGUCAAAUCUCAGUGACCAAAUUUCUGCUAUCAUCCUUGAAAGCAACAAAUUAAAAGGCCCAAUACCAGACACCUUAAGAAGUCUUAGAAAUCGGAAAUACUGGAUGUUGGGUGGAAAUGAAUUGAAUGGGACAAUUCCAGGUUGGUUUGGUGAAUAUAAGCAUCUGUGGGAACUUGAAUUUUAUGGGAAUUCAUUACAAGGUUCUAUUCCUGCUACCAUAGAAAAUUUGUCAAGCUUAGGGGGUGUUUAG